CAUAAUACAUAGUUUGUUUCGCACAACACAUUCACAAAUCCAAGUUCACAACCAUUGCCGAUUGGUCAAACAAUGGCGGAGAACGACAUCGAAUACUUAGGCUCCGGCGUCCCGGCGCCACCUCCGAUCAACAUAAUCAACUUUGAAAACUAUAGAACCAGCAACGACGGCGGCUGGAGUGGCGGCAGUCAUAACGAGAUAGAGAUAGUGGAAGAAGAUGAGGAGGAGGAGGAGGAUGUUGGUGGUGGUCGAUUUGGAGGAUUCAGAGUAAUGCCGUCGAUUACAGAAGAAUACGACAGUAGCAACCCGAGUGAUUUGUUUUCUUAUGAUAUCAAUCGGAAUAUGAACGACGUCGUAUAUGUGGUGACUUGGAGAGGAACUGAGGAAAUGUCGUCGGCAAGCAUGGAUGCGCUGCUUUGGACUCUCGGCAACAAUCGUCAUGACGAGUCCACCAUUGUCUAUCUGGUCUACGUCUUCCCUGAGAUCCGCUUCCUUCCUACUCCUCUGGGAAGGUUACCAAUAAGUCAGGCAAACCCAGACCAGAAGGAAAACUUCCUAAAUCAAGAAAGAAGGAAGAGAAGUGAAUACCUCCAAAAGUUUCUUUCUUUAUGCUCUUCUUCAAAGGUCCAAGUUGAAACUGUGCUUAUCGAGAGUGACAUGGAGGCAAAAGCCAUACUUGACCUCAUUCCAAUUCUAAACAUAAGAAAGCUCGUGUUGGGUGCCACCAAAUCUACCCUAAGGAAACUCAAGAGUAGCAACAAGAAAGGAGGUGGAGGUACUAUUGACCAAAUACUACAUAAUGCCCCAGAGUUUUGUGAUGUUAAAAUCAUAUGUGAAGGAAAGGAGGUCUCAUUGCAAGACCAGUUAUCAACUGAGCCAUCGUCCCCAUCAUCCUCAACUGUUCCAUCUCCACGUGGAGACACUACUGUCAGCACCCUAAAACCGGUGCCAGUUGACCACGGCUAUACCAUUGGCUUUGUCAAUUGCAGCUGCUUCAAGCUCUAAAAUCACAGGACACAACACCAGACUGUUGUGUUUUGGCAUCAUACCUAAAACAGUCUCUUCUUUUCUUUUCAAAACACGUAAAUACCCACCUCAUCUUUAUCAUCAUAAAAGUUAGCCUACAAAGUAGUUCAAUCCAGUUCCAUGUAACUCCUGUUAUGUUGUUGAAG